AUGCUGAAGCCCCAAGCAAAUUCCACUCGCGAUGUCUUCUCGCUAGACGGAGUGUGGAACUUUGAAUUAACUGCCUCGGCUGACAUCGAGUCUGAACAAGCAUGGAAGCGCACCAUCCCACCAACUCGGCAAGUACCGGUUCCCGCCAGCUAUAACGAUAUCUUCGUUGAUCAGGCCAUUAGAGACCACGUCGGGUGGGUGUACUAUCAAAGGCUUGUGACUGUGCCUAGAGGAUGGUCUAAGGAGCGAUACUUCCUUCGCUUUGAUGCCGUUACCCACCGGGGUCGGGUCUACCUUGAUGAUGAUUUUGUUACCGAACACAUCGGUGGAUACACACCCUUCGAGGCCGACAUCACUGACCUCGUCGCCGCUGGACAAAGCUUCCGCUUGACCGUAGCAGUUGAGAACGUGCUCACUUGGGAAACCAUCCCACCGGGAAGGGUCGAAACUCUCGACAAUGGCCAACGGAAGCAACAUUACCAACACGACUUUUUCAAUUAUGCCGGCUUAGCUCGCUCGGUGUGGCUAUAUAGCGUGCCGCAGACUUUUAUCGAUGGCGUCACCGUAACCACAGAUGUUACCAACGAUUGUCACACGGGUGUCAUAUCUUUUGAAAUCACCACAAACCGGCGAAUCGACUCACACCGAUGCAAGGUGUUUCUUGAAGAUGAGGAUGGGAACACUGUUACCCAAGUACAGGGCAAAAAGAACCAGAUAUCCAUCGAUUCGGUUCAUCUUUGGCAGCCAGGCGCUUCAUAUCUUUACCAACUUCGCAUAAACAUCGUCGGAGAAGAAGACCAAAGUACGACACUCGACACCUACCAGGUUGCUGUUGGCUUUCGGUCUGUCAGAGUACACAAGAACCAAUUCUUGAUAAACCACAAACCUUUUUACUUUACGGGAUUUGGGAAGCACGAAGACAGUCCAAUCCGAGGCAAAGGACACGACCCUGCCUUUAUGAUUCAUGACUUCCAAUUGAUGGAUUGGAUGGGAGCCAACUCCUUCAGGACCUCCCACUACCCCUACGCUGAAGAGGUUCUUGACUACGCGGACCGUCAUGGUAUCGUGGUUAUCGACGAGACAGCAGCUGUCGGUCUCAAUCUGGCCAUAGUUGCUGGGCUCUUGGGUUGGAAACAUACGCCGACGUUUUCCCCCGAGACAAUAAAUGACAACACUCGAGAAGCACAUGCGCAAGCGAUCCGUGAGCUCAUAGCGCGAGACAAAAAUCAUCCGUCAGUCGUGAUGUGGGCCAUCGCGAAUGAACCGUCGUCAGCUGAAGCUGGAGUUCGAGAGUACAUGGAGCCUUUGGUGGCUCUAACUCGUGAGCUUGACCCGACACGUCCAGUGUGUUUUGCCAACGAGGCACAAGCACCGCCGGAGAAAGAUAGGAUAUCUGAUCUUUUUGAUGUCCUUUGCCUGAACCGAUAUUAUGGAUGGUAUCUAAAUACCGGCGACCUCAAAUCUGCGGAGCGGGGUUUGGAGGCAGAUCUGCGCAGUUGGGAAGCCAAGUACGAGAAACCGAUCAUCAUGUCCGAGUAUGGCGCUGAUACCCAGGUGGGCUUGCACUCUGUUUACGAUGUCCCAUGGAGCGAGGAAUACCAAAGGGAUCUUUUGGACAUGUCUCACCGGGUGUUUGACCGGGUAGAGAGCCUUGUUGGAGAGCACGUGUGGAAUUUUGCCGACUUCCAUUGCCCCAGUACCUUUAUUUUCCGCGUCGAUGGAAACAAAAAAGGCGUAUUUACAAGGGACCGAAAGCCGAAAAGCGCCGCCCAUGUUUUGAAAAGGCGUUGGACUGAUAGAAGGGAUGCGGAGUCCGUAGGGGCUACGAAGAUUACCAAUGGUGCGAUGGCCCUCUAA